UCGUUGCAAGUUUCGGCCCCGAGGGAAGCUGCUGCCUGGUGUGGUGGUGUAGUGGAGGGGGCAAAAGUUUUUCUCGUGCGCCAUCGGCCGGAAGAAGUGGGGGUUGCUCUAGCGAACAAGUUUUGUUGUCUUCUGUUUGGUGUUGGAGUGCUCGCUGGCUCGUUGAUGGGCCCUUGGGACGAACCUUUUGCCUCGUGGCGUCGUCGCAACCGUGAGUGUGUGCCUUGUCUUCCACUGGCGCCCGUUCGUAAAGCGAGCGCGGACGUACCGUCCCGUCGCGGCGUGGCCUAGGCGCAGCUGUUCGCUUCGGCGCGGGUGAAACCGUCCCGUCGGAUUCGUUCGAAGGAAGCUCGACCUCGGAGCGCGCUCGCGCUGGUGUCGUUUCGACGAAGCGCGACCAAAAAAACAGAAAUACGGAGAGAAGCCUUCUCCCAAGCGAAAGCAAGUGCAAGAUCGCCGCCGCAGCUGUGUAGGGGUACGCCCAGCUGCCACCGUUGUGGUUCCAGAGAAAGGAUCGGUCGCCACAGCCUUGGACUGAACACCGUUCACCGACUGUAAACAGAACGCUUCUACCAGUGGCCAGACAGUUGCCCAGACUUUGCUCUGUAGAACUCGCAGCGAGAUCGGAGCGCAGGCCUGCAAAGCCUGAUUGAUCCGAGAGGCGUCCCUUUUCCUCCCGUCCUUUCGGUCUCGCGAUACCCUACAAGCAGAUUUCUUGGACGACUGCUGCCAGGAAGCAACCACCGUCUGCAGUUGCACGACAGGGAGGCGAAGCUUCGGCGGAAGCAGAUCGACCGAAGGCGUCGGCAACGCUGUGCACAGCAGCCUUGGACAUCAUCCGCGCGGCAUGAUCUUGAGAGACUCACCUUCAGCCAGCUGACCGUGGCUUCUGGGGAAUAAGGAGAAGCGGGAGGGCGACCCCAAGACGUGGGCCCCUAACCACGUGACCGCAGUGACGGGCAGCAACACGACGGCCGUGCUGGCAGGAGGGGAGGGUCGCGCAGGCCGUGCUGGCUGCGGCGGCGGCCGGCCAUGAAGUUUGUCGAGAUGGAGAAUGGCCAGGCGUGGCAGCAGCUCAUCUCUCGUGGCCACGGCGUCCACUCGUCCGCCGGAGGGGGCGUCGCCGGCGACUCGGACUACGAGACGCCCAGCAACCAAGGUGAGACGAGCACGAGCAGCAGGCGCAUCCUGACCAAGCACCUGUCGCUGAACGGCUUCCCGCGAUGUGCCGACUCUGCGGGCAACGGAGGCAAUGGCGCCGAGGACUCGCCCGUGGUCCGCUACCAGAAGGCCAAGAUCAUCCCAAGCCGGGUGCGCAAGAGGGUCAUCUUCAAGAAUGGCAGCGUCAACCUCUCCAAGGAGCACGUCUACAAGCGCUCGCAGCGAUACCUGCAGGACAUCUUUACAACACUGGUGGACAUCCAGUGGAGGUGGAACCUCAUGGUCUUCUCGAUGGGCUUCAUCCUGAGCUGGCUCGUGUUCGCCAUCAUCUGGUGGCUCAUCAUGUUUGCACACGGCGACUUUGACCCACACGAGGGCGAGUGGACGCCUUGCAUAGUUGAAGUCACUUCGUUCACGUCUGCAUUUCUGUUCUCCCUGGAGACGCAGCACACCAUCGGUUACGGCAGUCGUGCGAUCACGCCGGAGUGCCCGGAGGCUGUGUUCAUCCUCUGCAUGCAGUCCAUCACGGGCGUCAUGAUCCAGUGCUUCAUGGCAGGCAUCGUGUUUGCCAAGUUGUCGCGGCCGAAGAAGCGCUCGCAAACGCUGCUCUUCUCGCGCAAUGCCGUCGUGUGCCUGCGUGACGGCAAGCUCUGCCUGCUGUUCCGCGUGGGCGACAUGCGCAAAUCGCACAUCAUCGGCACGUCCAUCUCGGCCCAGAUUAUCCGCAGGAAGGUGACUGCAGAGGGUGAGGUGAUCCCCUACUACCACACACAGCUGGAUGUACGCUUUGAUGCGGGCACAGACAGCAUCCUCUUUAUCUGGCCUGCCACCAUCGUGCACGAAAUCAACGAGACCAGCCCCUUCUACAACAUGUCUGCGGAGGAUGUGCUACGUGAGAAGUUUGAGAUCGUGGUCAUCCUCGAGGGAACCAUCGAGUCCACGGGGCAGUCCAUCCAGGCCAGGUCUUCUUACCUGCCGUCCGAGCUCCUGUGGGGACACCGCUUUGAGCAGCUGGUGCGCUUCCAGAAGGAUUCGUCCGAGUACCUCGUAGACUACAGCAAGUUCAACAACACCUACGAGGUGGAGACGCCUCUGUGCAGCGCACGAGACUUCUACGAGUACCAGCGGAUGCUCCGCAAUGCACCGCGGAUGGUUACACUGGGCACGCCUCUCCAGCCAAUGACCAUCGACGACCGCAACCAGUCCGGUCUGACACAGCAACAGCAGCAACAGCAGCAACAACACCCCGCUUUCAAGAGGGUCACGCCAGAAAAGUUCCUCAACACCGCCGGGCACCUCAUACCUUUGCAACUGCCCAAGGAACUUUGAUAUACCUUCCGUAGGCUCCGCGCCGGAGUCUUCCAAGUGAUGACCAACUCUGAGGAGCACAUCUUGCUGCAAGGUGCAACAUGACAAGACAUGCAUAUCACCAGUGGUGGCCUCUAAUUCGGCAGCUGAGUGGAGCAGCUGUGACGGUCCCGCACUGACGCUGACCCUCGCAGCCGAACGACGUGAACAAGUCGUCCCUCCGAAAGUGCCUUGACAAGCUGCUGCAAGCCCUUCACUGGCUUGACAUUGCCGACAGGCUCUGGCAUACAGCAGCCACAAUCGUUUUUCGUUUUCCUUUUUAUUCUUGUGUUCUCCAGUGACGUGGUGAGGACUGAACAGGACUGUCACUUUCUUGACAGCAGAGACACUCUCCCGCUCUGUUUGCUUGGUGUGUAUUAAGACUGCGUUGAAUCGGUGUUUGGGAAAAAGUGCAUUUGUUUAGACGCUAAAGUGGACUCUUCUUUGACGGCUGGUCAUGGCCCACCUUUGGGCCACCGUCAGUGACUGGGCACAUGACCGGAUGUCAGACUCUCCGACCAAGAAGCACUGUCUGGUGAAAAACGCACAUGGCGCAUGGCAUGCUGCUGCCCGCGUCACUGCGUUGCGGCGCGGAGAUUGUGGCAGAGAGAGACGUCACGAAGGAGACAUUGUGACGGAGAUGUCUCGAGGGACAUGUCAUUCAGCAUGAGAGGAACAGCUUUUGAUGAAAAGCAACGGAAAUGCAACCCACAGACUUCCUUCCAACAGCUGACACAUACACUGUUGUCCGGACUGUUGUUGUGUUUGUGAACGAUAAUGCCUUCUUGUGGUGUGUUGCACAUGACCGCAAUCCCUCGGCGGACUUGCGCGGCUAUGCUGUCGCCUCUGUGAACUGGGGUAGGUUCGUUUUAGGUGAGUCGCGUAGGAAAUUGUGGCUAGAUUUUUCAUUUCUUUUCUGUUUUAACGAGUUCCAAAUGUUUUAUUUUUUUUCCUCUACUUAACUGUGCAAAGAGGAGACCUAGGCAGAGGGCCUGGUUAGAAUCUACAGCAGUGAGUCAAGCAGUUAGACUCCACUAUUUUAGCUGGGUGCAGGCUGCCUCAGAAGAGGAUAAUAUUUAAUUAAGGCUACCAUCGCGCAAAUAGAGGGUGGCAAGGUACUGGACUUGCACCAGACCUGACCCUCAAGUUGCACCAGGGCAUGGCACUAAAAUGUGCCACUCGAGCGCGCUGAGAGACCCUUGCUAAUUUAAGCACACAGCACUAGCGUGUAGCCCAAAUUUGCCGUGAGUACCAUGAAAAAAAAAAAGAAACGAACGAAGAUGCAACUGUUUGGCCUUCUAAAUGUAGACUGAACUUUUCUCGCCAUUGCUGUGUGCUAUACAAUGGAUGCAAUUAACCGUGCCUGUACUCCUUCCUGCUCUUGAGCGUGUUCCUUUGGCAUCGGCCAAGAAAUUCUUGCCCCUUUCUUUAUUAUAUAAGCAUUGUUCAUGUGAAUACACAACCCGAUUUGGGUGCAUUUUACGAGUAGCUUUUUAUUUCUUGAUUAUUGUUUUUUUUUUUCCUUCUUUGCUUAUCUAUAUGCAUGCCUGAGACAAUCACUGUGGGCUCCUGCAGUGGACAAGAGGCAAGUGACAACAAGGGCACAAGUCUUUUGGACAAUUUUUUAGAGCGUUCAAUCAAGGAUGAUAAAUGCAUUUAAUCAUGCAAUUCGUGCAGGUCAACAUGGACCUUGAUAUGCGUCUUCAGUUGCCUUUAACUGACAUGCUGAACUACAAAAUUCUCCAUGGCAACAAAGCCUGUUAAGGCAUUCGCGAAGGCAUUUCAACAUCCUUGCCACUGAAGGCAAGGUUUUGCAAUGCCUGGAAAUGGGGCAUCUUGUAUUGCAUAAAACAUUUACAAAUAUAUUCGACACACAUCAUCAUGACUGGAUGGACUCUGUAAAAAGAAAAGCAUGCACGGCAUGGGUCCACUGAUGCUACGGAGCUAAAUCUAAGCUCGGGCAAAAUGCCAGUGUCACCAAGCGGUUCUGAACGAGCCUGCAUUUCUGCAACACUGUCAUUAGCAACAUCACUUUUGCAAAGAGCUCCACACUCUCACAAUAACGAUGUGCUUCACUGCUCAAGACACUAAAAAAUUGCAACAAGUGACAAGCACCGAAGCAUUUGUGGGCCUUGCGAACUGCACAAGUGCGGGCCAGCCUCACAAGAUUGUCGCUCCACGAGAAAGGCUCGCAACGCCACUUACUUUUGCUGUACGUCGUGGCAUGGUGGUGCAUUGGGUCCUCCGUACCAGUUACGCAUAUCGCCCAAGUAUUGGUUCGCUGUUGCCACUUUUUUCCCUGAAGAUGCCACCUGUUGCAAUGCUAGUUCCCUCCACGUGAGAGUGGAGGUACAUAUAAUGAUAUCGGAAAACACAAAUAUUUUGGCAGUAUUGCCUCGGUGUUCCGAAAACGUUUCUCUUCAAACGUUCCUGAAGACGUUCCCAUCUGGAGUGGGUAGUUGGGCCAUCCACACUAGGCAGUGGCUGUUCGUACUAUGCAGUGGCACUACCCCAGUGGUACUACCACUGGGCAGUGUUGGUGGGCAGUACAACAGCUGAUGUUGCAUGCCUAACACACAUCUACUGUUGUGAACACGUGAAACAUAAUAUAGGGGAGUUCAUAUACCAACAGCAAAAACUGCAAGAGUGCAGUUGAAAUAAAGUAACACUGUGGUUUUCUAAAAGUAACACCCUGCUUUUUUUUAACCUUAAGGUAGACUGUUAUUUCACUUCGCAGGUUAAUGCAGCUAGGAUCAAUAGCCACCAAUAUAUCAUAUCUGUUUGAAAAAGGCUUCCUGUCUUCAUGUUCACGUUUUCUCUGGUUAAUUUUUGUCAGCACGUGAUAGUAUCGCCAACGAAAUGGAGAGGCCGUGGAAACUUUCGCACAGCUCCUGCUUUGCCUAGUUUGUUAAUCUGGGCAACAUUUUAUGCAGCAUAAAACGUGCUCCAGAAACACAUGGAAUGAAUGGAAUAGACUUAUUUUAUUAUGUUCAAAUAUUUUCUUAUGGCUCAAGUCAAAAUGAGUCCUAGUAAUUUCACAGUGGUCUUUGUAAUACUUGCUGAACGCCGUUAUAUAAUGAAGUCGUAUUUGACAUGAAACUGAUUUCGUUAUAUCCGUAUUUGUUAUAUGCAUAUAUUCAUUGCACGCUAACAUUGGUAUGAAAAAAAUUGUUUAGUUCAUUAUAUCCUGUCAUUCAUCAUAUGCAAGUUUGUUAUAUUGAGGUUCGACUAUCUUCAUGCAUAUCUGCAUUUACGGUAACCCGUGAUAGAAAGAUGUGAAGUUGCCUGUGAUGGAACUCUUGGGUAAGGCAAUAAUUUUUUAGGUUUUCUAUGGUUUUCUAUGCCACCUAAAGUGUUUAUAGCGACAGUGUGCUGCAUUAAGAGAAAGAAAAGAGAGUGAAAAUACAGUCCAUUAUGUGCCUCCAUUGUUGGGCUGAGGAAGUGUUUGCAUUGUAAGCAAUACUUUUGACUUUUGGGACAUAUCAGUUUGGAACAUUGGGCAUGUCUCAGUGUGAAUAGCUUUAGAAUGCUCUUCAAAUCUUUACAAGGUUUUGUCACUGAGCAUAAUCAUUGUGCCUUAAAAAUCGUUUGAAAUUGCAUAAGAAUUAUUGAAUGUGGUAUUUUUUUAGGUAAUAUGUAAACCUGUAGGUGAUUUAGUCAUUGAAAUGUAUGCGUAGAAAAGAAAAAGAUUGUGCACUGCGAUCAAUGUCUUAGUUUGUCAUGUAGCAUUACGCUCUACUGUCCAAACUGCCGAAUUUGAGGCAAGCUGUAAGUUGCUUCGUUAAAUUCAACACAUUGCUAAGGCUGAAAUAUUUGACUGUACCAGGACAGUUGCUAACCAUUGAUUACAGGGGAAUUUAAAAAAAAAAUUUAGUUUUGGGUGAAGCAUGAUAUUGCUACAUGGCACCUUUGCUGUUUGGGAACAAGCUGUGUGUUUACACGAAUGUUACGCUGCUCUGUAAAAAAUGGUCUGAAAUGUAAUUUUUGUACACACGGAAUGAAUGGGCAUGUGAAUUGUGACAGGCUGGCAGCACAGAAGGUAGGGCCAAGAAAAAUCCAAUGUAAUCCCAAUGUUGGCCUCACAUUGGAUGACAAUAAUCAUACAUUGGCCUUACUUGUACUGCUACUUUGGACAUUUAUCUAUUUACGUGCACGCAGAUUAAUCUGACGUGUUGCAGAUAACGCUAGCGACUAUAUAUAAAUUCAGUGUGCCGUUCCUUGGCAUAGAUUCUGUGAUGAGGAAAUUUGAAACUUGGAUGUAUCAAGAGAGCCUUGUACGUAGUUCAUCUAGUACUCGUUCGAGAAACACAUACAAUGCAUGGGUCGACCGUUUGUCCACACUAUUUCUGGUUGUUAAAGGUCAGCGACUGUGUUGUCCAUUUCUUGCUCGUCUAUGCAUCGCCUGUGUUGUGUAACAAGAGCUAUAUUCAAAGAAGUAUCAAAGCUGUGAAUUUCUGAAUAUUGAGCAGUGACAAUCUAUGACAAAGUAUAACAUGCUUUUGAAGUGUUGGUCGGUGUCUAGCAUAAAAUAGAGCAAGAAAGGCCGCUGAUGACAAAUACAGGACAAAGGCUAAUAACAAUAUUGCCUUCUUCUCAAUUUCUUUAGGCCAGCUACAACCAUAUUUACACCAAGCUUCCCAUACUAUUCUCAUUGUUGGGGCACAUAGGCUUGAAAGUGGGUUAAGAGAAUGUUAAAUAUGCAGAUGUAAUUUCUCUUUUCAAGUAACCUCGCACCUCACACGGUUAAUUAAGACCGUGUGAUACGGUCUUAAUAAACCUUGUCCAUUUAAUUGUGCAUUUCAUUGGGCGAACAGGAGCAGUUUGGCGACGACGCCGAGAGCAGUCAAGAGCAGUUCAAGCUGCUCCCACAUGAAAAGCAGUGUGCUAAGGAAGUGGCGUGGCACAAACGCAUUUCAUCCUUUAAUUUUGGUUGUGUUUCCUUCGUUUGGGUUCAGUGUGCAGCAGCAAUGGCAGCUGAGAAGCGAAGUUCACGUGAUAAUCGCCGCGGACUUGACUGCACGAAAUGUUGGGGAAUGUGAACGAUCCGGUCAUGGGAUACAUCUUGGCCCCUUGCACCGGCUAUCAGAGCGCAUGGAAGUGGGGGAGCAUGCAGUUUCAAGCUUGCUGCGCGCUACUGCAGUGCUUCUCUCUGCCUCUCCGCUCCCGUUCUGCCCAUGGAAUGCACAUAAUGUAAAGUAGUUGGGAGCAUUCCACAUUGCAGCGAGACCACGCCGCAUAAUGUCAUUCCAUCAAAUGCAUCUCGUAGUUUUUGAAUUGUGUGUGACAGUUGCUUUCCAAAGGGAGCUUUCGGGGAACCAGAGGAAAAGUGCCGCGACCAAACGCUUGGGUCACAGGCGCACUUCGUUACGUUAAACACGGACCUGUGUUGCAGAUGGACGUAUCUGGGGCAGACAUUUGCAGCAAGAGAGCAAGUUGUUCUUGCAACUUUUGUAAGAGACAUUCCCCAGGAGCAACGAACAGAGAGCUAGAUACAAGCAUAAACGUCGAGCGUAGUCGGUUGAUUUCCCAUGUCAUUCCGUUAUGGAAAAACAGUAUUGAGGGCAUGAGUCAAAUAUAUAUAUAUAUAUAUACAUAAGUUUAUUACAGUUUUUUUUACAACGAACUGCUGCAACAGCUUGGAAAGCUAGACAAGUGUCAUUUCUGUAGUCUUAUUAUUAUUAUUACUUUUUAACUGAUGUUUAAAAAAUACCAGUUGCCAAAGUUGUUUCGUUGUUGCAAUGUUUUUAGAAUUUUGUCCCAUUCUGUUUUUUUUUUUCUAUGUACAUAGAGAUAAUAAAAUAUGCCUUUAAUUAUA